GGCGAAAUCAAAUGCAACCGAUCUCGACAGAUUCCCACCCAUGAUGACGGGCGGUACCGCGAAGCCCCUGUCGCCCUCGCCUGGACAAACGAAACCCCCUCCGUUUGGUCUGCGAACAUUUGUUUGCAGAAGGACCAGUGGCAGCAGGCAAAAGCCCUACUACGGAGAGAUGAAGGAGUUGGUAAAAGACGAGAUUGAAGUAAGUCCCGAGCAGAUGAAACCUGGCCACCUCUGCUGGGCCAAGUUUACAAGCAUGCUAGACGUUCAGCUUGUCUGGAUCCGCGCAUCAGACGCCAUACUAUGUACUAGUAAUCGCACAGCAACUUUGGUGACGGUUGAAAAGGACUGGAUUGAAGUCCUCGAACAGGCCGCAAAGGGGUUUAGCAACGGACCGGUCGUAUUUGAGCUGCAUCCAAUACACUCUCAUCAAGCGUUGCUCGCAGAUCAUGCCCGCAGUCCGCAGCAUACGAAUCAGGACACCAAUUCAGGGGGCAACGCAAUCCCCGAAACGCUGGUUAUUCCGAGGCUGGAGAGAAACCUUUGUGUAUGUGGUAAGAUGGUAAGCGGAAGGAGAGGAGCAGUCGCCUGCGGAAACCCCACGUGUGCGAGGGAUUUCCACAUGGCUUGCGUUGGAAUGCAAAGGCGUGAGAUGAUGCAUUGGCAGUGUCCCGAUUGUUGUUCUUCAUCUUGAUUUUCUGGCGGUGGUUGAGAAGGAGAACCAGACCAGACCAGACCAGACCAAACAGAGAGAUCCAACAGACUUGGAC